CUUCACUACUUUACAAAAACAAAAUCCUGCAACUGUCUUUCUUUCAAAAAUAUGGCAGAAACAAUAAUCACCUCUGUUAUUGCUAGGUCAGUCUUGGAUAAGCUAUCAUCCCUUGCUUCCAAUGAAAUGGGCUUUGCAUGGUGUAUCAAAAAAGAUGCACAAGAGCUUGUUGACACCUUAACCACUAUCGAAGCUGUUCUCUUAGAUGCUGAGGACAAGCAGAUCCAUAAUGAGAAGCUCAAAGUUUGGCUGGGAAAGCUUAAGGAGAUCUGCUACGAUGCCGAAGAUGUUUUAGACGAGAUUGAGGUGGAAGGUUUGCGUAAACAAGUGGUGAAUAGUCAAAGCACUACAAGAAAGGUACGCCACUUUUUUUCAUCCUCAAAUCCAGUUGCUUUCCGUUUUACGUUGGGGCAUAAAAUCAAGAAGAUUAAAGAGAGGUUAGCAAAAAUAGUAGCUGACAAGGAUAAUUUUAAUCUCACUGAGAAAGUUGAUAGCGAUCAAGUUAUAGGUUGGGAGAGGGAGAGGGAAACUCACUCAUUUGUGCGUGCUUCAGAUGUUAUUGGUAGGGAUAAAGAUAAAGAGAAGAUUAUGAAACUACUAUUGCGUCCAAGUGAUGGCCAUGAAAAUGUUUCCGUCAUUCCUAUUGUUGGCAUAGGAGGUCUAGGAAAAACCACACUUGCAAAAUUGGUGUAUAAUGAUAAAAUGGUGGACGAAUUUUUUAAGUUGAAAAUGUGGAUUUGUGUGUCAGAUGAGUUUGUUUUAAACAAACUAUUAAUUAACAUCAUCGGAUCUGCAACUGGGAAAAAAUAUGUUGACAAGAGCACUGACCAAUUGCAAAUAAUCCUACGUGAUAUCUUAAGCCAUGAAAAAUAUUUGUUAGUUUUGGAUGAUGUUUGGAAUGAAGAUUAUGGGCUGUGGGUUGAAUUAAGAAAUUUAUUAAUAGAAUGUUUUAGUGGAAGUAAAAUUAUCGUAACCACACGUAGUGAUCGUGUUGCCUCAAUUAUGGGCACUAUACCUACAUACAAGUUAAAAGGUCUUUCUCUUGACGACUGCUUGUCAGUGUUCUUUAAAUAUGCAUUUAAAGCAGGGCAAGAAAAGCAACACCCAAACCUUAUGCAAAUUGGGAUAGAAAUUGUUAAAAAAUGUGGAGGUGUUCCAUUGGCAGUAAGAGCAUUAGGAAGUCUACUUUAUUCCUCAACUUCUGAACAAGAUUGGAAAAAAUUGAGGGAUAAUGAGAUUUGGAAGUUGGAUCAAAAAGAAAAUAACAUUUUAAAUGCUUUAAGAAUAAGUUAUAAUCAUCUUCCACCUCACUUGAAACAAUGUUUUGUUUAUUGUUCCAUUUGGCCUAAAGACGUUGACUUUAAUAGUAUUGAUUUGGUUCAGUUUUGGAUGGUCCAUGGGCUUCUUCAAUCACACAAUGAAAAUCAAGAUUUGGAAAAUAUUGGUAUGCAAUAUGUAAAAGAAUUAAUGUUGAGAUCUUUUUUCCAAGAUGUUGUACAACUUCACGAGAAUUUUUACAAGUUUAAAAUUCAUGAUCUCAUGCAUGAUCUUGCCACAUUAUUGAUGAGAAAUGAGUGCUUAAUAGUGAAAUCCACUAACCAAAUUUGUACCAAGGGUCAUCGACACUUAUCAUUUCAAUUUCUUGAUGCACCUAUAAUAGAUGUUCCAAACAUUUUACCUAACUUAGGUCAUCUGAGAAGCAUUGUCUUUUUCCCAAUUACUGGUGAAAGUACUAGUAUUAGCCAAUCAUUUUUGGAAUUAAUUGUCUCAAGGUGCAAAUUCUUGCGGAUGUUAGACUUAAAAUUUUCAAAUAUUAAAGUAGUGCCUAAAAAAAUUGGCAAUUUGAAGCAUUUGAGAUAUCUUGAUCUAGAGAAGAAUCGUAAAAUAAAAGAGCUCCCAAGGUCCAUUUACAAGCUGCAAAAUUUGCAAUAUCUAUCACUUUCCGGUUGUAAGGAAGUAAAAGCGGUAACAAGAGAUGUAAAGUACUUAAUUAGUCUUAGACAACUCGACUUAACUACGAUACAAAAGCAUCUACCAACCAAUGGUAUUGGUUGCUUGAAUUCUCUUCGAUAUUUGGGGAUUUCCAAGUGCAAUAAUUUAGAAUAUUUGUUUGAAGAUAUUGGUCACCUAAGAGUUCUUCAAACUCUAUUGAUUUCUAAAUGUCCAAGACUUAUCUCAUUACCACGUGGUGUGAGAAGCCUAAGCUCAUUAGAAGAUCUUAUUUUGAUAAGUUGUGAAAGGCUUAAUCUUGAUUUGAGCAUAGGAUCAGAUAAGCAAGACAAUCAUGAUGAACUUAGUAGCACUUGGCCUUGCCUUCGAUAUCUUCGUAUGGAUGAAUUAUCAAAAUUGGUGGAAUUCCCGCAAUGGCUUAUUCAGUGCUCCACUAACACUUUGGAAAGGUUGCUCAUUGUAAAUUGUUCCAACUUGAAGGCAUUACCAGAGUCGAUGCAAAAACUUCAAGUUCUUAAGAUUAGGAAAUGUCCAGAAUUGUCAUCUUUACCCAAGGAUAUGGAUCGUCUCAUCUCUUUGAGAGAACUAGCAAUUGAAGACAGUCCUAAACUGAGCAAAAGAUGUGAACCGGAAACAGGUGAAGAUUGGUCCAAGAUUUCUCAUAUCCCGUACAUUCGACUCGAUGGCAAGAUCAUCAAAUCGACGGAAAAUUAGAUUCAAGGUUAGCAAUUAAGUGUGGUGGUAAACAAUUGAGGGUCAGCAAUAUAGUGCACAAAGCCGACAAUGGUGGAGCUUCUUUUAAUGUGUUAAAUCCUGAAAAAUGGGCACUUAGUAAUGUGGGCUUGUUUUCUGAGGGACAAUUUAACACACUUCCUGAAAAUACCGGCUCAGAAGUGAUUAACACUACAACACCAAAUCUUUAUCAGACAACAAAACAAUCCCCUGGGUCACUCAAAUAUGAUGUCUUAAGAAUGGGUUUACAAUGUAAGCUUGUUCUUUGCUGAAAUAAUUUAUGAAGAUUGAACCUCAAGAAAAUGGGGGAGUCUUAGAAGAUGUGUUUUUGAUGUGUAUAUUCAGGGAACUCACCAAUUGAAGGAUUUUGACAUAACAAAGAAGGCAGGUGGGUUCAGAAGAGCAAUUCGCAGAAGCUUUGAUGCUAAUGUGACUGAUAACCAUCUUGAGAUUCAACUAUUUUGGGCUGGUAAGGGGACCUACUGUGUACCUGCUGCAGGUAGUUAUGGACCAUUAAUUUGAUAGUGUCACUCCAGAAUUCCCACCAACUAUUGGUCUUGAACAAAAGAAGAACUAGACUAGGCUGAUUGUUGCUAUUACAUUCCCUCUUGUGAUUUUGGGCAUCAUACCGAUAUUUUGAGUUCUUUACCUGAGGAUGAGAAAAGACAAAGAUGAUACAGAAGUACUACAUGGAAUAGGACCUAAACCGAAGAAUUUCACUUAUGCCGAGUUGAAAUCUGCAACAAAAGACUUUGACAUUUCAAAUAAGCUAGGAGAGGGAGGAUUUGGACUAGUUUAUAAGGUAACUCUUAUGUCUUACAUUUAGAAGUUACAACUUAUAGAUAGUUUACUGGAAUCUUGGGUUGUAAUGGAUUAUAUCUAAUGCGUGGUCAUAGAUAGCAAUAUAACAGGAAAAAUAGGUUGGUUUUAGUUUUUGCAUUUUCGCCAAGGAGUAGAUAUGAUUUAUGUUGUUAAAUCUAGCAUUACAGUGUACGCUUUCUGAGGGAAGGGUGAUAGCUGUGAAGCAACUUUCACAAGGAUCCCACCAAGGGAAAAAUCAGUUUAUUAACGAGAUUGCUGCCAUAACUGUAGUGCAACAUCGUAAUCUUGUGAAAUUGUAUGGAUGCUACAUUGAAGGAACAAGGCACCUUCUUGUUUAUGAAUAUCAUGAAAAUAAAAGUCUCGAUCAAGCAUUAUUUGAUAUGAGGAAACUACUAUUUCAUAAUCAAACUUAGUUUUACAGUUUUCUAUCUUGGUUUUCUUGCAAGCAACUGAAACAUCAUACAUGUGAUCUUUCUUGUAUGAUCUACAGUCACUUAUUAACUAUAAAUCUUGUAGUACAGAAUACAAUUUUGAUGACUUUCAAGUAUUUUAACCAGUCCAAAGUUUAAAGAAUAAAAUAUUUUUCUGCUUUGUGAUAUGCCUUUAGUGACAACAUCACAACUCUAAAGAAGAUCCAAAACUACAAAAAUAGCUAGCUAAAUUUCUUAGAGCAAGCAACAAGUUUUUCUAGAGCAGAUUGUCAAUGGUUUAAUGAGGUCCAAAUCAUUCCUGGAGAUUAUUAUUCCUAAAUCCUCAAUUUUCCAUUUCUAUAACUCUUAAAAGUUCUUCAUGAUUGUGCCCCGUUUCUGCAGGAAAUAGAGUGUUACAUCUUGAUUGGCCCACCCAAUUUAAGGUAUGCUUGGGAACCGCAAGAGUUCUAGCAUAUCUUCACGAGUUGUCAAAGCCGAAGAUUGUACAUCCACUGCUCAAAUUUUUGUAUUUUUUUUAACACCCCUAGAUAUAUGAGUUUUGAUUUUGUUAUAGUUUAGUCUUUCAUGUACUAGAGAGGUUGGCCACAAUGCACUUUCUCGGCCUGUCCCAAAGGAGCUUGGAAACCUGAAAAACUAAAAUUUUCUGUAAGAUUGGCAAACUUUCUUCUUUUUCUUAAAUUUUUCUCUUUUCUUCUAUGCCAUUGCUUGGAGUGGCGGAUGCUGAAUCAAGAAUAUAAAUGAUAUUGUUCCUUAAGGAAAGAUUCUAUUUUGGGAACUUGGAGACAUAACCCUUUUAAGUUAGAUUUAGAUUUAUAUAUUAGAUUUUCCAUUUUGAAUAGAAUUUGAAUGACUUAAUUAUAGGUAAAUUUCUAGCAUUUUGUUUUGUUUAGGCCACUAUAGGCUUGCUGUCUUGUCUUUGGUAUGCAGACAGAUGAAAGCAACAAUAUGAUGAAUAAAUUGUUUCUCUUUAGUUUCUCAUUGUUUCAAUUUUUUCUCUUGUUCUAUCUAUUUCUUGCUCUCAUUUUCUCUGUUUUUAAUUCUAUCCUACAUCAAUGGUAUAUAGUUUUUAGUGGGAUGAUUGUAUGAUGAUCAUAUUGCUUUCAUUAUGAAACUGAUUAACGUAAAAACUCUUUAACCUAAAAAAAAAAAAAAAAAAAAAAAAAAGGUUAUCAUAUGAUGCAUUGCAUUGCAUACUAUGUUUUUGAAAACUCAGAAUCACAGUUGAAGCCAUUUUACUUGGAUUUUGAUGUCAACCCCUGAGGUUUAAUCAAAUAACAAAAUCUCUGUUGGUAUACCCAUGGCCUCAAAGAUCAUUGAUUUUAUGAAAAUCUGUGAUUACUUGGAAGCUUGCUUGCAUUUCUAUAAAGAGGAAUUAUACGUUUUACUUCUUCUAUGUAUUAAGCAUUGAUAUUGGAUAUUGGCUUCUCGUUUUUCAGGUACAAUUUUAUUUGGUUUUUAGAUUGUACAAUUUUCAAGAUUUGUGUAAUUUUUUGUCAUUUUGACAGAAACAUUCUACUUUGAUUAAUAAUAUUUCUAUAGAUAUGUGAUUAGAAUUGCAUCUUAUCCAAUUUUCCAAUAUGUUGAUUUAUUUUCAACUUUAAAAAUUCCAAU